GUCUACAAAGAAACUAUCAAGCACCUUUCCUGUAUUCUAGCCGUCAAUUUACUUGGGGACCUGUUUGGUGGUGCAAAAAUGAUGAAACACUCACGUUCCGCGCUCGCAGCGCACAGCGCUCAAUGCGGAGGCGCAUCGUCUAGAGCACUGUAUUGCGGUGGCCAGGCACAACGAGCGAAAGUGGUCGCGCGCUCCGGCUUUAAGGACUUCUUUGGCGCCUUCUUUGACGGAACGUGGGCGCCCAAAAGCACCCGCAUCUGGCGGCAAAACCAGUAUGAUGCGCCGUUUGGUUCGGAUGAAGCUGGCAAAGACGGCGACAACGGGGCGCCCGAGGGCAGCGAGAAGGCCAUUGAGGACCUGCAGGAGCGCAUCAACAGCGUUCCCGCCUCCGCUCGCCCUGCACUAGGCGGCGCGGCGGAUGGUGAGACCGGUAUUACUGCCAGCACUUCCAGUGCGGACAACAGCGGCUAUGACGGCGUGGGCCCGCUGCGCUCCUUCUCCGAGGCGGACGACGGCGACCUGGCCGCGGCGCUCAACCGCCGCAUCGGCCAAAUCGCAGCCACCACCGGCUCCUUCGACAGCGAGGUGACGGAGGAAGAAAUGCGUGCUCGGGUCGCCCUUGUGCCGCAGCCGUUGACUGCCGCGGAGAUGCGCGAGCUGAUCGUUACCAAGUACGGCAAGACGUACGACGUCUCGUUUGUGCGGCGUGAUAUUCCAGGCAAGACGUUCGUAGGGCUCAACAUCAUGUGGACGCAUCUGGAGCAGCGGUCGUUCAAGCUGACGGAGGCGCAGUACAUGGAGAAGCUGGACGGUGUGGCGUACCUGGUUGGCGCGCUGGGCCAGACUGACAAGGUCCGUGCCUUCCUCAAAGAACCCGCACGCAGCCAGAAGGGCCUGCCCGCGCGGCCAGUGGUGGGGACAGCGAUCACCAUCCGCUUCGACCUAGAGCCAGGCGUUGUAGAGGAGUGGUUUGGCAAGGGCUACCAGUGAAGCGCUCUAGGAUGCAUGUAUUCAGCCUGGUGGUUGUGGUUGGCCAUUGAGCCGUGAUGACAAGUUGAGCCGGUAUAGUUGAGUCGCGGUGUGGUGGCUUGGCAGCUACAGGUCCCAUGUGAUGGUGUACGUCCAGGAUAUCCUAGAGCUUUUUUCUGGCGCAAGCGCGCAGGCUGAGGAGCCGGCUGGCGGUGUCUAGGUAACGGUCCGCGGUGGGGCUGGCAGGGCAUGCGUAGCGGCAUGACAAGCAGUGCGGCUGUUGAAAGCUGUGCUGCGUCUGGCUGCGGUUGGCUCUGCUGUGGCAUCGCGAUUGCUAGGCACCUGGUUUGGCUAUGUGCCUGUGGAAACAGACCCCGGCUAUGUCCGGGCGAUGAGGUUGUUCGGCCUCAGACUGUGGAGGGGCUCAGCCCCUUUUCCCGUGACCGGGGAACACUUGUCUGGUGGUAAGGAUCGUUGGGGCUGCGGGUGGUAAAGCCAUACCGCAAGCGCAUAUUCAGAGAAAUGAAAGCUAGUGUGAAUGCAAAUGCAAGACGCCAUCGAGUGCUCCAGGCUAGCAAGCAGCAAGAAAGAAGUUAGAGUUAGCAGCAAUUGCGGUUGCUUGUUACCUUUCGAGAUGAGACAGCCCCACGCGGCUCCACAGCAGGCGCACCAAAUGGUUACACUGGCGUGAAGCAGACUGCCGGUCCGGGCAGGGCUGACGUGUACCAGCUCGCGCGCGACUAGGCUGCCAUUCGCGACAACGCGAAACCCACAAAAUAAACCCACCUGGAACGCAGCCAGGCAUCCGCGGUGAGCCAGGAGGACAUGCGAGGACAGGAGGAAAGAGAACGGCAUGUGCGGUAACACUUACGGUAGAUUGCAAACGCCUUAUUCGGUCUGAUGGCGACUGUGCUGCGCGUUUGGCAGCAAAGACCGUGAUGUCUACAACUGAACUCAACAGUACCGUAGUUUGACUAGCGACUAUGGUUGCGGUGUAGCCGCUGCAUGGGGAUUUCAAUCACGCCGUCCGGCCUAGGUCCGUGAUGUGUGGAGCUGUCGGACCGGCGGUCCGUGCAAGCUAACCCUCUUACACCAUUCCAGUUGUUGCCUGUCCUAGGCGUACACCAAACACAUUUGUUGCUUCAUUGUGUGGGAACGCGGCGACGGCGAGAUAGCCUCGGAUGCCCUCGCCUCGGAUGCCCCGAUCGGCUGGACAGUGGGCGAGGUGGGGCUGUAACCGGUCACACUU